UGGCCGCGACUCUCCGGUGCCGACCCGGUUGCCCAGGGAACGGGCUCCCGGCAGGCCCCGCGGCCCAGAGUCCAUCCCCGCCUCCUCCGGCCCGGCGGGGCCGACGAGUCCGGAGGGGCUGUAGCGGGAGCCCCUAGGUUCCCUGGAUGACAAACAUUCCUUUUCCUGCCUGAAAACCAUCUGUGGAAAGCUUGGCCAUGGCAUCCAUAUCAGAGCCUGUUACAUUCAGAGAGUUCUGCCCAUUGUACUAUCUUCUCAAUGCCAUACCCACAAAGAUCCAGAAGGGUUUCCGCUCUAUGAUGGUCUACCUCACAGCCCUUGACACUAACGGGGACUACAUCGCAGUGGGCAGCAGCAUUGGCAUGCUGUAUCUGUACUGCCGGCACUUUAACCGGAUGAGGAAGUACAACUUUGAGGGGAGAACUGAACCCAUCACUGUGGUGAAGCUGCUGAGCUGCUUCGAUGACCUUGUGGCAGCAGGCACAGCCUCAGGCAGGGUCACAGUGUUUCAGCUUGUCUCUUCCUUGCCAGGGAGAAAUAAGCAGCUUCGAAGAUUUGACGUUGCUGGUAUUCAUAAAAAUAGCAUUACAGCUCUGGCUUGGAGCCCCAAUGGAAUGAAAUUGUUCUCUGGCGAUGACAAGGGGAAAAUUGUUUAUUCUUCUUUGGAUCUAGACCAGGGCAUUUGUAACUCCCACUUGGUGUUAGAGGAGCCUUCUUCAAUUGUGCAGCUGGAUUAUAGCCACAAAGUACUGCUUGUGUCUACUUUGCAGAGAAGUCUGCUUUUUUACACUGAAGAAAAAUCUGUCAAGCAAAUUGGAACACAACCAAGGAAAAGUACUGGGAAAUUUGGUGCUUGUUUUAUACCAGGACUCUGUAAGCAAAGUGAUCUAACCUUGUACGCAUCACGGCCUGGGCUCCGGCUAUGGAAGGCUGAUGUCCAUGGAACUGUUCAAGCCACAUUUAUUUUAAAAGAUGUUUUUGCUGGAGGAGUCAAGCCUUUUGAACUGUACCCGCGUUUGGAAUCCUCAGACAGGGGAGGUUGCACCUUACCUGAGAAGCACCUGGGGCUGGUUUCCUGUUUCUUUCAAGAAGGCUGGGUAUUGAGCUGGAAUGAAUAUAGUAUCUAUCUUCUAGACACCAUCAACCAGGCCACAAUUGCUGGUUUGGAAGGAGCAGGUGAUAUUGUGUCUGUUUCCUGCACAGAAAAUGAAAUAUUUUUCUUAAAGGGAGAUAGGAACAUUAUAAGAAUUUCAAGCAGGCCUGAAGGACUCACAUCAAUAGUGAGAGAUGGUCUGGAGAUGUCAGGAUGUUCACAGCAAGUCCACGUGCAGCAUGUGGAGAAACCAGUGGGGGCCACAGUUCCUGAGACAAGGCUCAGAGGCUCCUCUGUGACCAGCUCAGUGCCCAGCGAGCCGAGGAGCAGGAGCAGCUCGCUCAACUCUACCAACAGCAGCUCUGGGCUCCUGCUGCCCGAACUUCAGGCAGCCCCCGAGUCGGGCAAUGGUGGCCAGCCCUCCUCGCAGAGAUUCAGCAUCAUUAGCUCUGAAGACUUUGAUCAGGAGCUUGUUGUGAAACCUAUCAGAGUGAAAAAGAAGAAGAAGAAGAAGACAGAAGGUGGAAGCAGGAGUACCUGUCACAGUUCCCUGGAGUCAACUCCCUGCUCCGAGUUUCCUGGGGACAGUCCCCAAUCCUUGAACGCAGACUUGCUAUCCAUGAGCUCAGGUGCUCUGGGCAGUAGUGUGGAUCACUUGAGCACAGAGUCUCCUGACCAAGAAAGCAACCUCAGUGUUGAGGUGAAUGGUAUCUUGCAAAAAAAUACUGACCGUGAAACAUUUAGUGUUCCGGCAGUACCUGACUCUGGUCCUGUCUUAAUGGAUGAAGAAAAUGAGAUUAGAACUGAAAUUCUACGCUGCAACCAUGCACAUGGGCUGGAGCCACUCGGUGGAAUGUUGAGUUUACCCUUGCUCCCUAGGGGAGAGGUAGAAGGCGAUGAUGUCACAGAGCUGGAAGAGGAGCCUUGUCCUGCAGAUGGUAGACCAAAUAGCAAACAGUUACCCAUCCAAGAACAGGAGCACUCUGCUGAGGCCCAUGAUGGGGAGGGUGUAGAGUCCAAUAACCCCCAAAGCACUUUUUCAGAAGCCUCCCUUCUCGACUCACUCAUGGUGCCUUCCAGCCUCACCUGGGUCCCAGCUGCCGAGCAUGAACAGUGGCUGCCUGGAACUAGAACUGAUGAAGGCAGUGCUGAGGAGCCCAGUAAGGAGCAGGAUAUCCUAACCACCGUGGGGGCCCCUAGCUACCUUGGCUCAAACCCCUGGCAUACUGUCACUGACAGUGACAGAGGUCAGGAGGAAAUGUCCACUUAUGAAUGUGAUUUGGGGGGCAUGGGAGGACAGUUAACUCCCAUCUCUGCAUUGGCGGCCUGUACCCAUGAGCCUUGGCUUGAAUACCCUUCACGGGAACAGGCAUUGACAUCCAGUGAUGAGGAGGACAUCUAUGCCCACGGGCUUCCAUCUUCAGCCUCAGAGACAAGCAUGACAGAGCUUGGAGCUAGUCGCUCCGUGCAGGACCUGAGCCAGCCUGGAGCAGAUGACAUGGGACUACUUAAGUCAGAUCAGUUUGCAGAAAGCUGGAUGGGCUACUCAGGUCCUGGCUAUGGCAUACUCAGCUUGGCGGUCUCGGAGAAGUAUAUUUGGUGCCUGGACUACAAAGGCGGCCUAUUCUGCAGUGCACUGCCAAGCGCUGGGCUGCGCUGGCAGAAGUUUGAAGAUGCUGUCCAGCAGGUGGCAGUCUCACCCUCAGGAGCCCUUCUCUGGAAGAUUGAACAGAAAUCUAACCGAGCUUUUGCCUGUGGGAAGGUCACCAUCAAGGGGAAGCGGCACUGGUAUGAAGCCCUGCCCCAGGCAGUGUUUGUGGCCCUGAGUGAUGACACAGCUUGGAUCAUCAGAACGAGCGGGGACCUGUACCUGCAGACAGGUCUUAGCGUGGAUCGCCCCUGCGCCAGAGCCGUAAAGGUUGACUGUCCCUACCCGCUGUCCCAGAUCACAGCCCGAAACAGCGUGGUGUGGGCGCUGACGGAGCAGAGGGCCCUCUUGUACCGGGAGGGUGUGAGCAGCUUCUGUCCAGAAGGGGAGCAGUGGAAGUGUGACAUCGUCAGUGAAAGGCAAGCUUUAGAGCCUGUCUGCAUAACUCUUGGAGAUCAGCAGACUCUCUGGGCCCUGGAUAUCCAUGGAAACCUGUGGUUUAGAACUGGCAUUAUUUCUAAGAAGCCCCAAGGAGAUGAAGACCAUUGGUGGCAAGUGAGCAUCACAGACUAUGUGGUGUUUGACCAGUGCAGCUUGUUCCAGACAAUAAUCCACGCCACACACUCAGUGGCCACAGCAGCCCAAGCACCUGUAGAAAAGGUAGCAGAUAAACUGCGUAUGGCAUUUUGGUCUCAGCAGCUUCAGUGCCAGCCGAGCCUUCUAGGAGUCAAUAACAGCGGUGUCUGGAUCUCCUCAGGCAAGAAUGAAUUCCAUGUUGCUAAAGGAAGUCUCAUAGGCACCUACUGGAAUAAUAUUGUUCCCCGUGGGACAGCUUCUGCUACAAAAUGGGCCUUUGUCUUGGCUUCUGCUGCUCCCACAAAGGAAGGAAGCUCCUUGUGGCUAUGUCAGAGCAGCAAGGACCUGUGCAGCAUCAGUGCCCACAGUGCACAGUCCCGUCCCUCUACAGUACAGCUGCCUCCCGACACUGAGAUGAGGGCCUAUGCUGCCUGCCAGGAUGCGCUGUGGGCCCUGGACAACUUCGGCCAGGUGUUUAUCCGGACACUCUCCAAGAGCUGCCCCACAGGCAUGCACUGGACCAAGCUGGACCUUUCCCAACUAGGAGCUAUAAAACUGACAAGCUUGGCAUGUGGAAAUCAGCACAUCUGGGCCUGUGAUUCCAAGGGUGGAGUUUAUUUCCGGGUAGGAACCCAGCCUUUAAAUCCCAGUCUGAUGCUUCCUGCCUGGAUAAUGAUUGAGCCACCUGUGCAGCCUGCCGGGGUCACAUUGGUCAGUGUCCAUUCCAGCCCCAAUGACCAGAUGCUGUGGGCACUCGACAGCCGGUGGAACGUGCACGUUCGAGUAGGGAUCACUGAAGAAAUGCCUGUGGGGACCGACUGGGAGCACGUGCCAGGGCUGCAGGCCUCCCAGCUGGCACUGAGCACCAGAACUGUGUGGGCCCGCUGUCCAAAUGGUGAUCUUGCCCGACGGUAUGGAAUCACAGACAAAAACCCUGCUGGAGACUACUGGAAGAAAAUUCCGGGAAACGUGUCAUGUUUCACAGUGACCGCAUCUGAUGAGCUGUGGGCAGUUGGCCCUCCUGGCUACCUGCUCCAGCGGCUGACAAAGACGUUUAGCCACUCAUAUGUCACUCAGAAGAGCAGCCGGUCCACCACCCCCCACCCCGAGGACCUGGAGGAUGAAUGGGAGGUCAUCUGAAGGAGCCAUGGGAGCAGGAGGGAGCCAGACUCCAGUAGUGGACCCUGUGGGUUUCUGAAUCACUUCCUGGUGUACAUGCCACUCAGCCCUUGUCCAGACACCUCUGGUCAUGUUGGACACUUGAGUACUUGCUUUCAUCCAUGUUUGUUUCUGUCUCCUUCCAAAGCCACAGCCUCUGCAACAAUUGGAGCAGUUGCUGUGGCGACAGCACCUUUGAACUCUUGCCAAGGUUGUCUGGGUGGGGGGAGUUUGGGGAGACAGUAGCCGCUGCCCAGUUGCAUGCACUACCAUUACCCGUGUGCUGCAGUCCUGUUCUCACCAACAAACAAUUCCAGGUUCCCUUGGUGGAAGACUUCCAUGGACAGGAUGAGCCAGAGCCAGGAGUAGGGGACACACCUGGGAGGUUGGUACAGGGAUUAGUUCUGAUCACAGCCCCAGGCUAAACCAAGUAAAAGUUAGCACUUCCAGCCCUGAGUAUGCUCAGUGAUGGCUUUGUCUCCAUCCUAGACCCCUCUACCCAAGAUGCAGGUUCUGGGCACACCCCAUCCCAGAUGCUCCAGAUGGCCCACCAGGGCCAACUGUGCCAGGAUGGAGAACAUGCCGCACAUGUGCCCCACAAUGCCAGACCCUCACCACCCAUACAUAGGGCAAGCUCCUACCUCCUGGGGAACACACUUCAGACAGAACAAUAAAGGCCGAUGGAUACAAAUAGAAUGCGGAAGUGUGCAUGUGUAUCCUUGGCAGGGAUGGCACAGGAGGGUGCUGACAUGGGGAACUCAGCCAUGGUGGCUAACUUAGAAAUACCUUGGGAAUGAUAUUUAAUGCUGCUAGCAGAUAUCAUAAAACCAGACGCAUCCUCAGAGGAUGACUCUACUAAUUAUUGCCUUUUUUGUUUGUUGUACUACAAACCUAUAUAAGAUACCUCAUUUGAAAUCAAAUCUUACAAAUUUAGAAGAGAAAUGUAUUUUCUGAAAACAUUUCUUGUAAGGCCUUUUGUCCUUUCCCGUGGUUUAUCCUGAUCCUAUACUGUCCUUGCCUGUAGCUUCAAAGAGGCAGGCAUGUUCAGCACAUCCCUGGACUUACAGAGUGUCACGGGACCUGCCCCUAGCUCCAGGGGGCAGCCUUUGGGUUGACAUCCCCAGGGAGGUGAAACCAGGGCCUGCUGUGGCAGUACCCUGUCAGCCUGGGUCCCUGGAGUCCAGGGCAGCACCCAUUCUUCCCAUCUGUAUCAGAGCUUCAGGACAAGGCUGGCCCAAGCCCACUGCCCUUCCCCACCCCCACAGCAGCUCCAAGGCAGGACUCCAGGUCGCUGCUGUUUUUAGCUUGCCUCUGGCCCAGACCCAGUUACUUGAUGCCUGUUUUUUACUAAGUGAGAGUGUCAGGGACCCACCCUCCCCAACCCCUGCCAGCCACAGGUGGAGAGAAAUAAAAUAUGUUCUCUGACAGGACCCAGCCAGCCAUGAAGAUGGAGGUCUUCCAGGUCUAAAUGAGGACAAGAUGCUGAAAUCUCAGAUCUUAAUUCACACUUCCACUUUUAUAGAGCCCUUUUUAAAAGUUUGGUGACAGCAGAGGCCGCUGAGGCUGGGCUGCUCUCUCCUGGGUUGGCUGUGCCUUGCCUGUUCCUCACGAAUGGCAGCGCUCUACUCAACUCACAGGGCUCAGUGCAGUUAUACCCACAGCUAGUUGGUAACUUUUAAACUACUUGUAGCUUCAGUGCUUUAUAGUUUCCUUUCUGGUUUUAAUUUUUAGUUGUGCUUUGAAACAGUGCAAUAAACUAGACUUUUUCCAAACCUGGUCAAGUCUGAUACUUGAGCCAUGAAUAGGUGCCAUCUACAGACACCAGAGCUAUGCAUGGGAGAAUCUGCCACCCCAGCCCCACUGUCAGUGGAGUGUGUCACAGACUUGAUCUCCUAGCACAGUCACUGCCAAGACACACACCAGUUUGCCCAGGUGGCUGUUAUGAGGGAAUAACCACGGGAGAGCUAGCCAUACCUCAGUAGGCCCUGUGAAGGACACACUGAGGUGAGGCUGGGCUAUCUCCUCGCAGAACUGCAGGCAGGCUUUGGGGGCAGCCAAGGUUCUGUGUCUCCAGCCAACAAAUGAAACCACACACUAGAAGUCCCCUACUGGAAACUAGCAUGCAAAAAGGUCACAUCCAGAACACCAGCGAGACACAUAGUGUACCAGGAAUGACCUUAACAAGAAACGUCAGCCUGUGCCAACAAUGGCUAAGCUUUACAGGAGAUAUAAAAGAAACUUGAAUAAAGGACGAUAAGCUUCACAUUCCUGGAUGGAAGACUAAAUAUGUUAUACAAAGACAUUCUUUUCCAAAGGAAUUUGUAGAUUUAACUCAAUUUUGGUCAAAAUCCACAUUUGAAUUUUUUUUGUUCGGGGGAGGCAGGGAAGACUUCAUGAGAUAACAUUAGUGCCUGAGAAUGCCCUGGACUGUGCUGGAUGAGUUGCUCAUAGCUUCACAUCCUUCUCACUGAAGCCUGCCAGGUAAAUAUUGUUAGCCCCAAAGAGACUCAGGGUAAACAACAUGCUCAAAGUCACACAGGAAGCAAUGGGAUUGGAAUCCAAUUCUGUGGAACUGAACCCAUGCUAUUGAUGUCACCUCACUGUCCUUUGCUGGUCUGGGGAAGAAGAAACAGGUGAGGACUGCUAAGAGUGAUGGCUCCGUAGGAGCCCCUACAGGGCCUGUGUGUUGACUGUGACAUGGGCCCAGACCACGGAAGGACUAGUGAAGCCAGGCAGCCCAGCAAGGUCCACAGGGAGUUAUCUUAAGAAAGGAUCGCACAUAUGGGAGGGAGGUGAUUUCACAACUAAUGUGGGCCAAAAAGUAUUAAAUGGAUUAAGCAAUCAUCUUUUUUUUUUUGAGACAGUCUCAUUUGGUCACCCUUGGAAGAGUGCGUGGCAUCAUAGCUCACAGCAACAUCAAACUCUUAGGCUCAAGUGAUUCUCUUGCCUCAGCCUCCCAAGUAGCUGGGACUACAGGCACCCAGCUAUUUUUUUUUUUUUUUUUGAGACAGAGCCUCACGCUGUCGCCCUGGGUAGAGUUCCAUUACAUCACAGCUCACAGCAACCUCCAACUCCUGGGCUCAAGCGAUUCUCCUGCCUCUGCCUCCCAAGACUACAGGCGCCCGCCACAACGCCCAGCUGUUUUUUGGUUGCAGCCGUCAUUGUUUGGCGGGCCCUGGGGCUGGAUUCGAACCUGCCAGUUCGUGUAUGUGGCUGGCACCUUAGCUGCUUGAGCCACAGGUGCCGAGCCCCAGCUAUUUUUUU